AUGGCAAUUGUUGGUUUAAUAGUUCAAAAUCACAAUGGAAAUGUAUUGUUUCAAAAUGUACGAGAAUAUCUUUCACACGAGAAAGCCAAUAUAGCUUCCAAAGCAUUUAUAGAUCAGAUAACAAGUUAUGACGAUGCUUUUAUAUCAAGAGGAACGACAAGUCAUUUAACAGGAUCAAUUGUAGUAUUGAAUAUGUAUAGAAUAUAUUAUAUGAUAUUGAACGAGAUUUAUAUUUUGGCGAUAUCACAGGCCAACGAUAACCCAUACGAAGGUGCAUUGUAUCUUGCAAGAGCCAAACGGGUGUUGUUGGCCGUGUCCAAAGAGUUGACAGAGGUGCAGAUUCAACGAAAAUACAGCGAAGUCUACUUUGCAUUGGAACGUGUGUUGUUUGGCGAGGACGGUGUCGAGGUUUUGACGCAGCGACUCUCUGACGUCCAACCACACAGCAUAUCAAAUAGAAUCGACGGCCACCAAGACGAGUUGUCGCCGCAUCAAGGCUCGUUGACGCAGUCUGGUGGCGCCGUCUCGGGUGGUGGUUUGGCUAGUGGAGGAUUGGUGCACGGCUUGAUUGGCAGCAGCAAUGCUAGUACCGGUGGGUUGACCCCGGGCAGUGGUGUGUCGGUGGGCGGACCCUCUGCAAGCUCGACGGCAUAUCUCUUGGCGACCGCAUCCUCACGCAGAGCGAUGCAUUACCCAAGACCGACAAAAAUAUCUACGACCCACCUCCCCAAGUCAAGUGGGGCGGCACCAGUGCGCCCGCCGGCUACCCAUCGUCGUCGACCAGUCGUGUCGGCACCAACCGCAUCAUGUUUACCCUGCGUCACCCCACCACUCACUCGUCGGCCAAUCGGCGGCGGACAAGUCGCCAUCGACGGUUCUGGUUCCUCGUCACCCUCUGAACAACUACCAGAAACCACUGGUAGAAAAUACUCCAUCUCUCACGUCACUACCAAACGAUCUACUCCAGUCACCAACACAAACACACCCAAUUCCAAUUCCGACGAUGCUGCCUCUUCCACUUCUCCUCUUGUCUCUUCACCCAAAACUUCUUCCUUUAUCGAUCCAAUGAAACCAGAUACUUCAGCCAAUCAAUCUUCUCCAAGUGGUGGUGGUGGUAGUGGUGGCGAUGACAGCAACAGUGCCAAAGAUUCAUCAUCCACUACAACUAGAAGAGAUCAUCAUAGUUCUGUUUCCAUUCCAAUUAAAUCUAAAAUUAUUAUCUAA